AUGGGUUGCUGUAACGCGGUGCGUGGGCUCAUCGCUGGGUCUGUGGUUGGGGCCCUGGUGGCUGUGUUAGGGGCGAUACUUAUGCCUGUGGGGGACAUGCUCAUCGAGUCCACGGUGACUAAGGAAGCUGUGAUUGAGCCAGGGACGACGGCCUAUGACAACUGGGCGUCUGCUGGUGCUCCUGUUUACAGGCAGUUUUGGCUGUACGAUGUAUUGAACCCAGAUGGAGUAGUGGAAUUUGGAGAUACGCCUAUGGUGAAAGAGAGAGGACCAUACACAUAUAAGACACGUUACCUGGCUAAAGAUAACAUCACAGCGCAUGAGAACCACACAGUGUCAUUCAUCCUGCCAGCGGGGGCCAUCUUUGAGCCCUCCAUGUCUGUGGGCCCAGAGGAGGAUGAGGUCACUGUCCUCAACCUGUUUGUGGCUGGUGCUUAUUCGCUAAUUCCUGAAAGCGCACACGGUAUUUUGAAUACCCUCAUAAUAGGCUCAAAUUCCUCACUCUUCCAGAGAAGGUCAGUCAAAGAAGUGUUAUGGGGUUACAGAGACCCCGUUUUGGGUCAACAAGUCGGUCUCUUUUACCCGUACAACGACACCUAUGAUGGGCCAUACAGCAUCUUCACGGGCAAGGAUGACAUCUCCAAAGUCUCACUAAUAGACAAGUGGCAGGAUCAAAGCACACUUUCAUUCUGGGACGACAAAUAUUGUAAUAUGAUCAACGGCACAGAUGCUUCAUCCUUCCCUCCUUUCCUGGAUAAGAAGACGCCUCUCUUUUUCUUCUCUUCGGACAUAUGCAGGUCUGUCAGCGCUGUGUACUCUGGAACUUUUGAUUUGAAGGGGAUUGAUGUGUACCGCUACAUGCUGCCCCCACAAACCCUGGCCGCUCCCACCCAGAACCCAGACAACAUGUGCUUCUGCCGGGACGCGCUGGUCACCAAGAACUGCACCAUGGCUGGGGUGCUGGACGUCAGCUCCUGCAGGGGCUUCCCGGUCUACAUCUCCCUACCUCAUUUCCUGCAUGGCAGUGCAUACCUGAGGCAAGCAGUGCUUGGUAUGGGCGCCAGUGAGGAGCACCACUCUACUUACCUGGAUGUGGAGCCGAUCACUGGUUUCACCCUGCGGUUUGCCAAGAGGCUCCAAGUUAACAUGAUGUAUGGACCCUCGACAAAAAUCACGGCACUGAAAAAUGUGAAAGACUACACUAUCUUCCCAGUGGCGUGGCUGAAUGAGACGGCUGCCUUGGACGAGGAAACGGCCGACAUGUUCAAGAAGGAGCUGGUGUCUCAAGUGGACCUGCUGGACAAUCUCCAGAUCGGACUGCUCUCCGUGGGCUCGGCUGUCUGCGUGCUCUGUGCGGUGGCCGCAUGCGUGGUCAGCAGGAACAAGAGCAAGAACACAAUAGCGUGAUGGAGAUCAACCAGAGAGAGAGACUGAUGAAGAGAAUGACUUCCGUCCACAGAAUGACUCUUUGAAAUGUCUGUCUGACACUCUGAGCCGUAUACAGUAUAUCUGUGAGCGCCACGACACAUUCAUAUUCGUGUAAUAUAUAAACUUAUUACACAGCCCUUCUUAAUGCUAUAGAAUGCUCCAUUCACUUGAAUGGGCCUUCCCAAUGUUCGGAGGUCUGAUCAUUUUUAUAUAACAGGAAAAUGGGUUUUGUGUAUUCUACAGCAUUAUGAAGAGCCAUACAAUAAGUGGGAUAAUGUAUGGAACGGUUCACCCUGUCGAGCCUUAUUUUCCUGAUAAUGACCUGCGUUCUAUACAUUAUCCCUUACUUAAAUGCAUUAGUGGAAAUAUUUGAAGGUCUAGGAA